AUGUCUGUCAUGAACGACACCGACACUUUGGCCAGUGUCCUGCCCUUGGACACGAUUUCAUCGUCCUUAGGUCUUGCUGCUGUGGCCAAAGCCAGCUCGCCUUCCUUGUGGGCAAUCACUGUGCUUGCCGGAGUGACCGUCUUUGCCUGGUUCAGAAGAACAUGGACUGACGCGCAUGGACACAAGAUCCCCAAGGGUCCUCGGGGACUUCCUAUUUUUGGCUCCUUCUAUUCUCUCACCAGAUUUCCGGAGUUGACUCUGGACUACUGGGCUAAGAAAUUCGGAGACCUGUACUCCAUCUGGCUCGGGAAUCAGCUCUUUGUGAUUGUGUCCGAUCCCCAUGUUGCCAAGGAUCUCAUGGUCACCAAUGGCAAUGUGUUCUCGUCCCGCAAAGAAAUGUUCAUCAAGAGUCAAAAUGUCUUCGCUGGCAGAGGAAUCACCGCUACUCCGUACAAUGACCGGUGGCGUAAACACCGUCGUAUCGCAACCACAUGGCUGAACCAACGCGCCGUCGACGGCUAUUCUCCUGUUCUGGACCGCGAGUCUAUGUCGUUGGUGAAGGCCUUGUUUGUGGAGAGCAAGGGUGGACUGGUCCCCAUCAAUCCUCAGGUAUUUUCGAUUCAGUUCUCUAUUUGCAAUGUCACUUACUCAUGGCCCAAGCCUCAUGCUGGACGUUGCUCGUUGAAUAACAUGACGACUAUCACUUUCGGCUUUCGAACGGACAGUAUCGAACACCCUCUUGUCAAGCAAGCUUUGAAGCUCAGUCGUGAGUUCAUGAACUGCACUGGUCCCAUGUCCAAUCUGGUGGAUUUCGUUCCUCUUCUUCAAUAUCUCCCCACUCCAAUGCUCAGACGCGGCAAGAAGCUCCACAAGGGCUUGGUUGACACCUAUGGUGGCUUCAUCAAAGAAGCCGAGCGAAAGAUGCUCAGAGGAGAGAAGGUCACAGACUGCUUAGCAAAGACAAUGAUUGAGUUGCGCCACAAGGAAGAUCUAGAUGACUUGGACAUGGCCAUUCUCGCCUCGGCUUUCAUGAUUGGCGGUGUUGAAACGACUGCCGCUAUCAUGCAAUGGUUCUCUGCUCUUAUUCCAGCCUACCCUGAGAUUCAGAAGAAGGCUCAGGCGGAACUCGAUCGCGUCGUAGGACGUGACCGUCUGCCCACAAUUGAGGACGAGAAGAACCUCCCCUACUGCCACGCCAUCGUCAAGGAAGUCGAGCGAGUCCAUAACCCAUUCUGGCUUGGAACCCCCCACGUCGCUAGUGAGGAUUUUGUCUACCGAGGACAGUACAUCCCCAAGGAUACCGUUGUCGUUCUGAACACAUGGACCAUGCACUAUGAUCCUGUCCGCCAUGCCAAUCCUGAAAAGUUCAAUCCUGAUCGCUACAUUCGCGACCACUUGACCUCCGCUGAGAGUGCCAAUCUGGCCGACCCCAUGGAACGUGACCACUGGAUGUUUGGUGCCGGUCGUCGUAUCUGCCCUGGAAUGAUCGUCGCCGAGCGUGAGAUCUGGCUUACCAUCUCCCGCAUGCUCUGGGCUUUCGAUAUGCAUGAGAUCCCUGGAGAGCCCAUCGACCUGAAAGAAUACGAUGGCCUCUCGGGACGCUCACCCGUGCCGUUCCGCAUUGGAUUGAAGCCUCGUCAUGAGAAUGUGGCGAAGAUUUUGGAAAGCGUUGAGAUCUAA